UUUGCUAUGUUGUUAAACUUUACCGGUGUUUAUAGUAAUUUUUUAGUAGUUGCGAGUUAGUUAUGUGUGUGUAAAUAAUAUUACAAUACCAACCAUUCAUUGACAAUUGCUUAGUGAAUUGUUUGAAGUGGUGUGUAAAUUUCGAUGUGCAUACGGAGUGCAAACUAUGACCGCCCCAACCGCAGAACGAGGCUGCAAUUACAUUCCCUUACUGAACGGCUAUCGGAUACUCGACAUAUGAAUAAGUAACAAGAGGUGGCACCAUGGAAGAGGAACAAGAACAAUCCAAGCCCGGGUCCCCGCCUUCCUGUGGGGGCGGUGACGAGGAGCUGGAAUUGGAGGAAGCGUCCGCGGAGGAGGAGGAAGAGGAGACGCUGUCCCCGCCGGGCAGCCAGACGCCCUCCCAGCCUGCCACCAGCCCAGGAGCGUCUCCGGCUUCCUCGGGCUCCGUCCCUGCGACACCGGUGCAGGAGUCUCGGCUGAUGUUCUUCACCGGGAAGCCGCUGAACAUCAGGCGCGGCAGGGGCCGGCCACCCUACAAGGAGAGGACGACGCAGAGGCAGGGCCGGCGCAACUCCCUGGGCAUCAAACUCAAGAGGUGGAAGAGUCUGACGAAAGAAUCUCCCAGCAGAGAAGGCGACCCCGAGCAGCCGAGCCCGGCAGGAGACGGAGACGGGGCCGGAGCCGAGACGGAGAAGGCACUACUGCCCGAGGAGCCACCCUACUUCCCUGAGCAGUGGCCGGGCAAGGUGUGCGCGCUGUGCAACCUGGGCGAGCGCAGCCAGCUGGGACAGGGGGACCUGCUGCAGCUGACGUACUCCCCCGAGGAGCUGGCUGCGCUGUUGAAGGAGCGGAGCGAUGCCGGCGCCGAGGGCGGCCUGUCGCUGGUGGGCGACGCCGACUCCGUCAUCGGCAGCAGCCCUAGCCGCGGGAACGGCCACGCUCCGGCAUUUGGAGGCCUCGCGGUGACUGUGCGGCGCCAGAAGAGCAUGGCCAAGUGCAAAAAUCCUUGCCCCACCAAUUCUGUCGAACCAGUGGACGAACUCAGUGUAGUCGGGUACCUUGACGAACCGGAUGUGGCGUCCAUCUUUGAAUCCUCGGGCCAUUUUUACGUCCACCAAGCGUGCGCACUGUGGUCGCAAGGUGUGACACGCUCCGAGGACCUGGUGUUCCGCAACGUGGCGUCGGCCGUGGUGCAGGCGGCCAACCGCCGCUGUUCGCACUGCGGCCACUUCGGGGCGAGUGUCGUGUGCAGGGUCGCCAACUGCGGGCGGGCACUCCACUUCCCUUGCAGUGCCGCAUCCGGUGCGUUCCAGGAGUGCAAGUCCGUCACAGUGGUCUGCAGCCUCCACUUGGAUCAGGUCCCCUUACUCUUGUCCGGAGAGGGGGCGUGCGUGAGCUGCUUCGGGCUGGGCGACGUCGCGAACCUGGUGAUGUGCACGGCGUGCGGACAGCACUGGCACGGCUUGUGCCUGUCGAUGGCGCUGCUGCCCGGAGUGCGCGCUGGCUGGCAGUGCCUGGGGUGCCGUGUCUGUCAGGUGUGCCGGCAGCCGGGCGAGGAGGAGUCCAAGAUGAUCGUCUGCGAGUCCUGCGACAAGGGCUACCACCAGACCUGUCUGCGGCCCGUCGUUACUACCGUCCCCAAGUACGGUUGGAAGUGCAAGUGCUGCCGCGUGUGCUCGGACUGCGGGUCACGCACGCCGGGUGCCGGCCACUCGUCGCGCUGGCACGCCCACUACACAGUGUGCGACUCCUGCUACCAGCAGCGCAACAAAGGCUUCUGUUGCCCACUGUGCCGACGCGCAUACCGCGCGGCAGCCUACCGUGGGAUGGUGCCGUGCAGUCUCUGCAGAAAGUUUGUACACGGAACGUGUGACGCCGAGGCUGACCUCGUAACGUACCAGCAGAGGAAAGAGAGCCAGCCGGACUACGAGUACGUCUGCCCCAUCUGCAAGAGCCUUACUCAGCCUGGUCGCACCCUGCUGCCCAAAGCUCGCAAAGACAGUGUGGACGAUGCAGGCCCAGACUCGAGCCUGUCGGCGUCCCGAGAGUCACUGUACCUGGAGGAGGAGAUGGAUGUGGAGACCUCUCCUUCAGAGAGGGAGUACACAUUCUCGGACCGAGCGGAGCUACGCGGGGCGGUCGGCCUCGGCAAGGGGAAGCCUUUCUGUGCCAGCAAGAUCGCCAAGAAGAAGCUGGGCCUGUCGGGCAGCGUGCGCGGCAAGGGCGGCCACGGCUACCACAAGCGGCAGCGCCUCACCGACUUUGGGCGCAAACGCGGGCCCAAGGCGAAGAUGAGGGGCGUGUUCGGGGCACCGGGAGUCGGCCUCCAGAGGCCCCAAGUGGACACGUCCCAGCAGAGCGGUGGGCGGCAGCCGGCAGACGAGGAGCACGGCAUAGAGAACAGGCUGGUGUUGUGUUCGGCCAAGGACAAGUUCGUACUGACGCAGGACCUGUGCGUCAUGUGCGGCGCCAUCGGCAUUGACCAGGAGGGCUGCCUCAUCGCCUGCUCGCAGUGUGGCCAGUGCUAUCACCCCUAUUGUGUCAACGUCAAGGUGACGAAGGUGAUCCUGCAGAAAGGCUGGCGUUGCCUGGACUGCACGGUGUGCGAGGGCUGCGGCCUGCGCGACGACGAGGCGCGCCUCAUCCUGUGCGACGACUGCGACAUCUCGUACCACAUCUACUGCAUGCAGCCGCGCCUCGAGUACGUGCCCCAUGGCAACUGGAAGUGCAAGUGGUGUGCCGUGUGCACCGUGUGUGGCAGCAACGACCCCGGAUUCAACUGCACCUGGCAAAAGAGCUUCACGGAGUGCGGUCCCUGCGCCUCGAUGAAUACUUGCCCGGCGUGCAGCGACGCCUAUUGCGAAGGAGACCUCAUUAUACAGUGUGUGCAGUGUGAGAGGUGGCUGCACUGUGCCUGCGACCAGAUCAAGACAGAGUCGGAAGCGGAGCGGUGUUCGGAGGAGGGCUACACGUGCCUGAUGUGCCGGCCGCGUGACGAGCCACCCCCGCACCUACUGCCCUCGUCCAACCUCGCCCCCAGGCCUCCGCCACCAGUCUGCAAGAGUCCGGAACUACCACCGAAGGUCGGAUCGCAGGCACAGUUCUAUGUCGACGGUGUCUGCCUUUCGGAAGUGGGGUUGCACCAGAUCAAGUCACUGACCAUGGAGCAGCAGAUCGUCCCACGGAAGAAGAGGUAUUCACGAAAGCUGUCGACGAAGGCCGACAAGGAGGCCGGCAUAAUGGCUACGAUAGAGUCCGUCGUCGCGGGAGGCAGUCGAGACGAGCAGCCGGUUGUGAAAGUGGAGCCGGCCAUCGAGUAUAGGGAGGGCAUGGUGUGGCACGCCGGGGAGGACGGCGGCCCUGCCGAGCCGCCGGAGGGCUUCACGGUCUACACGACGGACAGCGGUGUCAUGAUUUUGCGCAGGAAGAGGCAGCGCAACCUGCAGAAGCUCGGUAUCGGAGGCUUCGUCGUCCGCCUCCGCGGCACCCGGUAUAAGGACGAAGAGGGCGGGGUCGGGGCAGACGGUGCGGGGAGUGCCGCCUGCUCUACCGGUGAGACGAUCGGGGGAGGAGCCGCCGUCCACGGCCACGGCACCGAGGACGGCCCGAAGCCCCGCCGCAAACCGAACCGGAGGAGGCCCCGCAACCGCCUCAUGGAGUGCUACCCUUCGUACCUGCAGGAGGCAUUUUUUGGACGGGAGCUCUUGGACACAACAAAGGAGAAAGAAAUCGGUAGCAGUGACUCUGAAGGAGAGUCAGCGACACCUAAUGUUGGCGAGGACAAAAUUAUACAGCUAUCCCAGGAUGAAAUAAAAGCUAUAGAGGAACUGAAACCAAAAGAAGAAAGUGAAACAGAGAAGCAAGACAAGAAGGGGGACAAUGAAGGAGAUAACUCGGGCAGCAAGUCGCCAGACAAGGAGCAGGUGGCCGGUGACGAUGCCGACGGGAGCGACUCCGAGGUGCUGAACAUGCUGCCGUUACCGGGUGACCUACUGGACACCGACCUCGUCGACACGAUCAUGAACGAGGACGAUGACGACAUCGCGAAAACUGGGGAUAACCUCGACGAAAUUGGCGAAGACUCGGAGUUGAAUGACUCACUUCCUAUAACAGACGGUGGGGCAGACGUUUCGGGGACCAGUCAGAAGGACGAGCUCACGGACAUCUUGAGUCCGCACUUUAACCUCGAGUCUAUGGUGCGAGACACUGGUCUCCCCAACAUGGACAGCCGUGACGUGGAGGAAAUCAUCAAAGGAGUGCUGACAGACGAAGAGUCCCAGGAGUCGGUGUUUCCCACGGGAGCUGCCGCCGCCCAGCAGUCUUCAGGAGUGCAGCCCAACGCAGCUCUGCAGAGGACGCAGGUGGGGGGACCGCUGCCACCUGUCGUACCUUCGAGCCUGUCGUCGCCAUCGCCCUACCAUUCCGAGUACAGCAAUAGUCCGCAGUUCAGCCCUGCUUUCUCGGAGCCGGCCAGCCCGUGGAUGUCUCCUGCUGAAGUCGGUGACGGUGAUGGCGUUUCCUCGUACAAUGCUCGUACAGCAUUAAAAAUGGAGGCAGAUGAGCCGCUGGGCGACCAGGCUACAAUAUCUGCCGUACUGUACGCAAACCUCCACCAUCCGGAGCUGAAGAAGGAGUUCCCAGCUUGGAACGAUCGAGCGAAACAGAUCCUGAAGAAGUGGAGGUCAUUACCGUCGGAGCGUAAGGCGCCAUACCUGCAAAUGGCCCGGGAGAACCGAACUGCACAGCGGAUGAAGAAGACGCAGCAGGACCAGGAGCGGCUACUGCAGCAGCAGAAGACGUCACGUGAGGCGGAACAGGAGCGGCAGUGGAAGCAGCUGCAGGCGCUGCGUCAGCAGCAGGCGCACCAGCACCAGCAAGUGAUCCAGGAGCAGCGCGUGCAGGCAAUGGCAAGAGUGCACCGACAGAUGAGUGUUGACGGCAUCCCAUUCCCUGCAGAGUCACAGCAAGUUGCUGCCGGACUAUCGCCUCAGGACGGUUGUUUGACGUCACCGGUGGGCAUCCGUCCACCCCCGUUCCCGCCACCUGCGGGGAUUCCUUCAGGUGCCCAGAAGGGGCAGCGACUGCCGAGUCCAGGUGCGGGUGCGGUUCCGGGCGGCACGAUUUUCCCGCACCCCGCAGCAGCCGCCGUCACGGGGGUGGGUGUCCCACGGCCGCCGGCGCCACCCCCGCAGUCUCAGCGCACCUUCCAGCCGACCCUGGUGGGGAUCCCCCCUCUACCCGAGCAGCCGCAGCAGGCGGCCGUGUUCCGGUCGGCCGCUUCCGACGUCGUGGACCCGUACGCCCAGCCGCCGCACACCCCGAGGCCCCCAGCUCAGCAGCAAUUCCCACCGAUGAUGGCUGCAGUGCAGAGGUACACCCCGACACCGUACCCUCAAGGAGCCCCGCCACCGCCUCCGCCCGGUAUGCGCACCGUCCAGUUUGCCGCCGCUGCCGGAGGACCGGCCCCCCCGCGACACGGGUUUACCCCGCGCGGUCCGGACGCGGGUGGGUACGUGACGGCUGCCGGCCUGGGCUUUGUCCGCCCCGGCCCGCCCGUCGUACAGGCCCACGUGGGCGCGCCGCCUCAGUCCGCUGGCGUAGGUGUGGGUGGUGUGGCGGCCGCAGAUCCGUAUGCCGUGCCGGCUCUGACGCCUAGACCUGCACAGGAACAGCUGCGGGACCUCCUGCAGACCAAGAAGGCGGCAGACGAGCAGCCGGGCCCCAGGCUGUGGGCGGCAGAUCAGUUGGCGCCGCAGCAGCACGGUGGCGCGGAGGUGGCGGCGGACCCCGGCGCGGAGUUCCGGCAGCCGCUGCCACCCGCGCCGUCGCGCCCUCCACGCCUCGCUGCCCCCGCUGUCAUCAGGGCUGCCCAGCUGCCACUGCAGGCACAGGCUGCACUCAGGGCGCCCCUCCAGGGCCUGGACCCGAGAAUCCGACACGUUCUGCAGCAGCGGUAUCCGGGAGCGCUGCUGCGUGCGCAGCGCAACCCUCUGGAUCCUUACGACCAUCUGGUGCAGCAUACCCAGCCGCAGGCGCCCCCACAGCCACACCACCAGGAACCGCCCCCACAGCCGUCGCCGUUCACUACUGCCGGUGCCAUUGUGUCAUCGGAUGCUCAAGAAAUACCUGAAAGUGUGACCGAAGAGCUAGAGAAGUUGGAAGAAGAAGGCGUCGGAGCGAUACUUGGAGAACUGGGCGACGAUGACGAACUGCUUGAGAUGGGCAACGAUUUCAACAUCUUGGAGUAUGCGGAUCCAGAACUGAGCAGUGUAGUGGGAGGAGAAAAGACGAACAUACUGGACGACAACCUGGACCUGGAGGAAGUAGCGGCAGGAAGGACAAACGACGAUCACAAAGGGGUCAAGAAGGAGCCGCCGGCGACUGCCGUGAGCGCGACACCCGCCGUCCGGCCACCUGCCCCGACACCGUCCACCCCGACGAGUCACUCGUCAACGCCAAAGUUAGCCGAGACUCCAUCCCCGAGACAGCAGGUAAAAGAAGAGAGCUCUGAUCAACCGGUGGCUCCAAGCACAAGUUCCUCUACUCCGGAACAACAGGUAUUGGCGAGGCAGGCCUUCCCGGGCACCAGCCCCACCCACUACGCCGGCGGUGCACCCGGCGGGACGUCUCCGUCGGCAGCGGCGACGGGACUGCACCUGCAGCGACUCCCUAUACAUGUGCAAGCUGUGAUCCACCACCAGCAACAGCAGCAGCGCCUGCAGCUGCGGCCCGCCGGCCCGCAGCGCGUCGUGUCGGUGGCUCCGGCGACCGGCCAGCGCCUGGGCCUCGCCCCGCCACCUCCGCCCUACCCGGGGCCGCCACCCCCGUACCCGGGUCAGCAGGUGCAGGUGAGCCUGCGCAACCUGAUGCCUCCGAGGGCGCAGACGCCGGCGCCCCAACCUCAGCCGCAAGGUGCAGCCGUCGUCCAGCCGCGCAGACCACUGCUGCUACAGUCUGUCCAACUGCAGGAGCAGCCCCUGCUGCUGGAGGAACUCCUCGAGCAGGAGAAACGUGAGCAGCAGCAGCAGCAGCAGCAACAGCAACAGCAACAACAGCAGGAGGGGCCCGAGGCCGACUUCUCCGCGGGGGCCGCCGGCGUCACACCGCAGUCUCCCCAGCAAGGACAAGGUGCACUCCCGAGCCCGGGAGGCCUGCGUCAGCAGUUCCUGGCCGGCGGCGUGCGGCCAGCAGUCCCCACCUCUCAGCAGUCACUGGGUACCGGGGCCACCACGGCGCGGCCUCCUCCGCCAUCCCAGGGUCCGCCAUCCGGAGAAGCUGCCGGAGGCAGCAGAGUCCCCCCGUUCAGCGCGCCGAGCCUGCCGCCUCCGCCUGCGCCGCCGCCGGACGACGUCGUGACGGAGGCGGACAGGCAGCAGCAGGCGGCGUACGAACAGUGGCUCUCGCACCAGAUGCAGCUCGUGUCCGCCCAGCUCAAGUAUUACGAGUGUGAGGUCAGCAAGCUGCGCAAGACUCGAAAGUCCCUGAACAGCAAGCAGCGCUCACUGCGCAAGGCGGGGUCGGAGCUGGGGGAGGCGGAAGCCGGACAGCUGGCGCAGGUGACGGCGGAGACGGCGGCUCUGCAGAAGCACCUGGAGGCGGCACGCCGGCAGAGCCGCCAGCACAGCAUGCUCGUGCAGGAGUACCGCAACAAGCAGCAGCAGAAGCAGCGUUCGCAGCUACCGGCUGGCGGAGGCGCGGAGCCCCCGUCUCCGACGUACGUGGCGCGCUCGCCGACGGUGCCUUCGCCUGCCGGAGGGGGGGCGUCGCCGCUCCCCAGCCCCGGGGGGCCCGCGGCACUGCAGCAGCAGCAGCUGAUGGCACCGAGCCCGAGCUCUGCCGCCAACCGCGGCCAGUCGCCUUCUCCCCGCACGGGCACACCUCAGUCGCAGCACGGCGAGGAGAGCGCUUUCAGCCCGGGAGCGCAGAUGCCGUCACCGGGACGCCUGACUUCGCCGUCACCCCAGCAGAGGAUGUCUUCGCCACAGCACCGGACGACACCUGGCCCGUUUCCCUCUGACCAGAUGAGGAUCCAACACGCGGUCCCCCGCUUUGCGCGCUCCCCCCUCGGGCUGGGGACGCCGCAGCCGCAGCCGGCCGCCGCCUCCUCCCCCGCGGAGUUGCACCGCCCGCGCAGCUUGCCGGCCGGCUACGGGUCGGGCGCCAGUGAGCGGGCGUCGCCCGUGGGCGGGCGGCCCUCGGGGGGCGCGGGCUCGUCGCCAGCGACUCCUGCGGCGGGCCCGUCCCAGCAGCAGCGGCAGCAGCAGCAAAGUGUCACAGGUGGCAGCCCGGCCCCGCCACCGCAGAGCCCGACGACUCCGUCCCCACGGCAGCAGCUGACCCCCCAGCCCAGGGUCUCCGGCAGUCCGCAGGGUGCGGAGCACCCGCCCACGCCUCAGCAGCAGCAGGAUCGGCAGCACGACGGCGACGGUGGAGGUGGAGGUGAAGGUGGGGGUGGAGGGGGUGGCAACCCGCACAACCCUCAGAACCCCAUCCCCAUUCUGAGGUUGUUUGGCCGCUACGGCACUUUCAAGCUCGGCCUACGCGGAGGAUCGCCGAUGUGGGGGUACGGACAGCCACCGUCUACCGGCGCCGCCGGUGGGCGCGACAGUGGGAGCGGGGGCGGCAACGGAGGAGGCAAUUCGGCCCCCCCUACACGCCAGCAGCCGGACACGUCACUCGUCUGCGCCGACUACAACGAUUUUGACGACGAGAGCUCGCACACUCCUCCGUCUGCACCUGGCGAGAAUGACGCCACCCGGCCGCACACCUCGGUCACGGCAGAGGAGGAAGUCGCGUGCGAUGCCGGUGCCGGGACGCCGCCGCCGCAACCGCAGACGCAGACGCAGCCGCCUCCCCGGGGGUCCGCGAUCCCGUCGGUACUCGGUUCGAACGGUGACCUCCCGAGGGACAGGUCGGAGCUGGAACCUCCGGGAAGAAUUGCCAUUAUAGGACCUCGCUCGGGUCCGGAGAAGAUAGUGGCGACGACCGACACCCCCGAAUCGCCGGAUCAGGUUGAAAUGAAUGUAGACCCAUCACCAGAACCAUUCCUGCCCACUCCAGAGACUGUGGGUAGCAAAGAGGAAGAAGAAAUGGCAAUCCACCAAGAAGAAGUUGUCAUUCAAGUGGACAAGUCUUCAGGAAAGCAGGAUUCUGCACGAGCAGGAGCUGACGAGUGCCACGCGGAAGGGAAGCUGCCGUCGGCACCGGAAAUGUCGCCCUUUGCGACGCCGACUCCGCCUCCUCUCCCGCCUCCCGGCACGCCCUCCCACACGCCGCCCGCCACCCCGCAGAGCCCGAGGGUGGCUGCACAGUCGCCUUACCAGCACCAGCAGCCCGUCACGGCGUCGGUCAUAGCUCGCCGCCCGACGCCCUCGCCUCCUCAGCACCAGCAGAGUCACCACCAUUACCAGCAGCAGCUACAACAGCACCAGCAACAACAACAGGAAGAAGAAUCGCUCCAGAAGCAGAUGCAGAAGACGUCUCCGUCCUCUUCGGUGCACGAGACGGCGCACUUGUCGUCUAGGCUACCCCCGUACGGGUUAACUCCGACAUCGCGGGCCACCGGUGUAAGCGUCAUAGCCAGCACACCUCGGAUGUCAGCAUCUGAGCAGACGGGUGUUCCGAAUGCCGACGAGAGGAACAGGGCGGAGCCGAGACCGAGUGUCCUCGAAGGCCCGGCGGCGAGGCAGCUGGCGGACGUAGAGAACUCGUUCAAGGUCAUACAUUCCAUAGUUACAGAAGCAAAAUCACAGAGUUCGACCCAACAGCAUUCUGAAACGAGACCGACCGUAUUCGCCGUAGCUGAGAAAUCGCGUGCUCACCUUCAGGACGAGAAUCUGUCGGCACCGAUCCCGCGGUCUGAAGAAAACAUUUCGGUUCCCGUCUCUCUGGGACCGGUUUCACACAGAAGUCAGCCCGUCGACGACCGUUUCCGGUCGGCAGUUCCCACGAGUAGCCACGCGGUCGGCAUCGUUUCUCUCGACAGACGACUCGCGCCCGGGCACGUCCCGCCCUACGAGACCACACGGGUUGAUACGCUCGCGACAGGACCGGCAAACGUCGAACGGCGAGACUCGGAGCAGGCGAUUAGAGCAUCAGUCCUGGGAGACCGACUGCGCGCCGCCGCCGCAGCUGCAGAGCGGUCGCGGUCCCUCGACUCCGAGCCUGGUGUCGUCCGUUCCGUGCUGGAGAGCCGUCUCAUUGGGCAGCAGCAGGUCCCAACUUCAAGCCCUCAGAUGCACCACCACGUCGUCCCGCCGCCCACGUACAGACCACUGCAACAACAACAACAACAACAACAACAACAACAACAACAACAACAACAACAGCAGCAGCAGCAGCAGCAACAACAACAUCAACAACAACAACAACACCAGCAGCAGCUGCUGCUGCAGCGGGCCGGUGCUGCCCCUGUGACUUCGCGCAGCGUGUCGACGCCAUCGCCUCUGCAGCAGCUGCCGGCCGUGUCGUCGCCGGUCCAUCAACAGCCACGCUCUGCCGAGCAGUCUCCCGGCUCUGCAGUGCACCAGUACGUCUCCGUCAACACGUAUGGAGGUGUCGUCAGCAGAUCACCACCGGUCGCAAGGACGCCGACGACACCGUCACCUCGAUACCACCUGCAAGACUCGUCGCCACCCCCACUGUCGUACCAACAGUCGGCGACCACUUUCGUGCACAGCUAUGCAAAACCUUCGAUCAAGCAAGAGGAUUCGCCAAAACAGUACCCGCCCGCAGUGACGGUGAAGACGGAGCCGGCGGAUGUGGACCGGCUGGUGUCGCAGGUGCCGCACCUUCCCCACCAACACCCCCACCACCAGCCGCCCCCGCAGCCGCAGCAGCAGCUCCUCUACCAGCCGAAGGCGGAGCCUCACUCUGGACAACCGCCACCCAGCUGCAAGUACCACCCGGGGUUGCAAAUGCAGCAUCGCAUUCUGCAGCAACAACAGCUGCAACAACAACAGCUGCAGCACCUUCAGCAGCAGCAGCAGCAGCAACAACAACAACAACAACAACAGCUGUUACUUCAACAACAACUGCAACAACAACAACAACAGCAGCAGCAACUGCAGCAGCAGCAACAGCAGCAGCAGCAGCAGUUGCAACUUGAACAACCUCAGCAACAACUUUACCACCAGCAGCAACAGCAUCUAGCUCAGCAGCAGCAGCAGCAGCAGCUGAGCCUGCAGCUGACACCGGGCGAGCAGCGACUGCGCGGCCCCGGGUCUGGUGCCGAGCUGCUGUCGCCGCCCACGCCGCGAUCGUUCACCUCACCGUCCGCAUCGCCGCUCACCUCUCCGCAGGUGGCAGGCAAGGGUGGGCCCCAGCAGAUCAGCCCCAUGCCAGCGAGUGAGAUUAAACGGGAGCAGCCAGACGUGCUGAGCCCCACCGGCAAGCUGGAGCCGAAGGAUGAGGCGAUGGACCUUCUGGGCCAGGACCAGGCGUCUCUGGAGUUGAAGAAGUUAAAAAGGCGCCAAUACCAGCAGAAGCGCCGUCAGAGCCAGGGCAAGGAAGCUUCGACAACCCCGAAGAAGAGGCCGCGCAAGGCGGAAGAAGACUACGACACGUUCGUGGAGAACGUGAUGACGCAGUUGCGGCAGUUGCCACCUCUGUCGAUUCUCGAGCCGACUCUGGCCAGGAACCACUCGGCGUGCCCCGUGUUCGGUGCAGGCGACGCUACGAAGGUGGGACCCCUGACCGGAGAACUGCGCGGCAGAUACGGGAGCGCAUCUUUACCCAACGUUUCGGACCAUUACAACACGAGGCCUUUCGGUCCUCUGCCGCCACUGCCUCCUCUCCCACCUCCGUCGACACAGCGAGGGUUUUACGACCAGGAGUUUGCUUCUGUUCGUUUUGAUAAUGACAGUGACGAUAAAAAAGAUCAUCGAGAGAGAGAUAAUGACACGCCGGACACCAUUAUAAGCUCGUCUUCUCCUGAGUGUGUUUUCAGAGAUCUGCCACUUCGUUUUCCAGGUUUACAAUUAAUUAAAGAUGAAGACGAAGACGAAAGCGAGGAAGACAGCAAGGCAUGGGCAGCACGCCGCACCUCUCCCGUCAUUCCACUCGUCACUCCGAUACCCAUCCGGCUGCGCCCACCACCACACUACGCCAAGGAUGCUGCCGAUGUGGACAAGGAGAACGCCGGAGGGCCUCAACUGCUGGUGCGCCAGCGGUUCGGCCCGUCCCCACCGGCUCCGUUGCGCGACUCCGGCAACGUGACGGUGACACUGACGCUAACGGCCGCUGCCGCCGAGGACAUUGCGGGCGUCCUGCACCGGCUGGCCGGCAUCCUGCGAGUGCCGGCACCCGCGGCAUUUGACGUAAUCGAGAGGACGAGUACGCCACCCUCCCAGAAGUUGGGGCUGUACCGGACUCGCGGGAAGGACGGCAAGGAAGGAGCUCCCGUAGAUAUCCAGAGCAUCCUGAACGGCGCCGCAAAAUUUUGCCGUCACUGCGACGUCGUGAUCCUGACGAACCUGAUACGCAAGAAGGUGAGCGAGAUCCCGGGCCUGUCGGCGCGGGAGGAGCUGGUGGCUGACACGGGGCCCGACGGGGACGUCUACUUCUGCAGCGCCGCCUGCUACAUGCAGUUCGCCCUCAUGCACCGCUCCCCGACUCUCAACCAGCAGGAGAAGGCUGCAGCUGUCGUGGACCACGUGAGUCAGGAAAUGAAGCGAGAGGUGAAAAUAAAGGAGGAAGUGGUGGAGCCGGCACAGGCAGAGUCCGGCGACGGAGAGCACGAAGCGGACAAGCUCGUAAUAAAGAUCAAGGAAGAACUGCCGGAUCCAGACGAAACGUCUCAGACCUCCAACGAGCCCGUCACGCCGACCGGCAAGGCGAAAGUGGAAGAGCCCACGAGUGCGGAGCCCUCGGCAGAGGAAUUUCAGCGCCCCGAGAAGCGCAGCCACCGGGCGGCAGCUGGCGAAGAGCCCGCCCGCAAGGUGUGGAAGGGCGUCCGCUACCGCUACUGGAGCCCGGGCUCCAUACAGCCGGCAACCAAGUACAAGAAGCCGACCGAGCGGGAGAUUACAGAGAUGCUGUUUCGCAUGGGGAUCACAAUGGCACCAUCAAAAAUGCCCGAGGACACUCGCAAAUGCCUGUUCUGUCAUCAGAUAGGAGACGGAGUGGCCGACGGGCCCGCCAGGCUUCUCAACUUCGACGUGGAUCGCUGGGUGCACCUGAACUGCGCACUGUGGUCGGACGACGUGUACGAGACGGUGAACGGUGCGCUGAUGAACCUGGAGAGUGCGCUGCAGCAGGGGAUGCAGGCGACGUGCGCACUUUGCACCCAGGCGGGCGCCACGGUGCGCUGCUUCAAGCUCCGCUGCUCCUCCGUCUACCACCUGGGCUGCGCCGUCAAGGACGGCUGCGUCUUCUACAAGAACAAGUCGAUGUACUGUGCCACCCACAUACCGAAGAACGAGAAGGACAACGAGCUGACGACACUGGCUGUGUUCCGGCGCGUGUACGUGAACCGUGACGAGAACCGGCAGGUGGCAGCAGUUAUGCACCAGUCGGCGGACCAGAGCAACCUGCUGCGUGUGGGCGGCCUCAUCUUCCUGAGUGUGGGGCAGCUGCUGCCACACCAGCUGCACGCCUUCCACUCGCCCUCCUGCAUCUACCCCAUUGGCUACAAGAUUGUGCGCUUCUACUGGAGCAUGCGGGUGCCGAACAAGCGGUGCCGCUACGUGUGCAGUAUCCACGACGUGGCGGGCCGGCCCGAGUUCCGCGUGCUGGUGCAGGAGCCGGCGCAGGACGACCUGGAGCUGCGCGACACGUCGCCGCGCGCCGUCUGGGCCCGCAUCCUGGAGCCGCUGGCGGUGCUGCGGCGGCAGCAGGGCGGCGUGCAGCUCUUCCCCAAGUACCUGUCCGGCGAGGACCUGUUUGGCCUCACCGAGCCGGCCGUAGUACGCGUGCUCGAGAGCCUGCCCGGUGUGGAGACACUGACGGACUACCGCUUCAAGUACGGGCGCAACCCGCUGCUGGAAUUGCCGCUGGCCGUCAACCCGUCGGGCUGCGCACGAACCGAGCCCAGGGCGCGUGGCCAGCUGCCGUGGAAGCGGCCGCACACGCAGCGGACGUCGACGCUCAACCGCAAUGCGCCCUUCGUCCCCGCCCUCACGUACGGUGGCAUCCAGGGGGAGGCGGCGUGCCCCUACUCGAAGCAAUUUGUCCACUCCAAGAGUUCCCAGUACAAGAAGAUGAAGCAGGAGUGGAGGAACAAUGUGUACCUGGCCAGGUCCAAAAUACAAGGGUUAGGUCUUUACGCAGCACGAGACCUGGAGAGACACACGAUGGUCAUAGAGUAUAUCGGGGAAGUAAUCCGCACUGAAUUGUCUGAAGUUCGUGAAAAACUGUACGAAGCAAAGAAUCGAGGUAUAUACAUGUUCCGCCUGGAUGAAGACCGUGUGGUGGACGCUACCCUGUCGGGCGGCCUCGCUCGGUACAUUAACCACUCGUGUAACCCCAACUGCGUGGCGGAGACUGUAGAGGUGGAGAGGGACCUCCGCAUCAUCAUUUUUGCCAAGCGACGCAUUUCACGUGGUGAAGAGCUGGCGUACGACUACAAGUUUGACAUCGAAGACGACCAGCACAAGAUACCGUGCAAUUGCGGGGCUCCCAACUGCCGUAAGUGGAUGAACUGAGCUGGCCGCCACUUCCGGAAGGAGCGACCGCCGAGUACCCGAUCACCUCUCCGAGUGGGGCACCGGUCGCGUCGUAGUCCGUACCCAGGUGUCGAGGGGUCGCUUACAAAAUGUACCCUAGUUCGAGAGGUUACCUGCGGUGUGGUGCCGUAAGGAUUUAAUCUGAUGCCUUAACAAUUUUGUUGCCUUAUAUUACACACUGGGAGAACUGACAGCUCGAAGUUAUGUCCUCCCUCUCAAAGUACUCGCUAAGGUCCGUUAUUUCUUCGGUUAAAUGUGCGGCCCAGGAGAGAACACCUCGAUCCACGUGUGAGAGGAGGAAUGUAAAACUGACAAUACUUUUAAGAGUGCCUGCGUCAGCCAGAUUCCCGAGUAAAACCGGGAUCACGUACUCGUAGUAGGUCGGUACACGGGUAACUGAUUAACUCACUUCACCGACCCGCCUUAUACAACAAUAAUUGUAUGAAAUUUAUUUUGAGAAAUUUAGGUAACUGCCGUUCAGAAGUGACCUUUGACAAACAAUAUUUGUGUCGUUAAAUUGUGGUGAUGGACAUCUUGUGAAUGCAAUCUGAAUGACACAGUGUUUUCAGCUGGGAAGUUGUGGUGGAAAGCUACUUUGGGGCCGGACUGUAGCACAGUCAUUUUCUUAUAUUGGAGAGACCUCACUUUGGCACCUGGGGUUACUGUUUUCCUUUAGAGUGCUCAUUGUGUGGCUAGUAUGAUCACUUGUUCUGCAGAGUGUUUUGUACCGCAGUUUUCUUUUUAAUGUGAUGUUUACAGAGAGCCAUUUGGCAGUUUGUAUUUGUGCACCGCACGUGUUACUCGUGACUGUGAAACUGGCAUAUCUCCGAUAGUGUGUGCAUCAUUUCUCGUAGGUGUGUGCUGCCAGUUUAAGAUUCUCUUCUGUAGCUCGAAAGGUGUUCGUUUGUUAGAAUAGUGUAACCGGUCACACGCAUUUUGUUACAAACCGCUCGACUGUAUUUUUACAGUGUCAUUUAGUGACAACAGUGCCUGCUGAAGAGAUGAGGUGGUCUUUUUAAUUAUUAUCUAAAUGAUUCCAUUGGUUGUGUUUAAAACUAUUUCAAAUGGGCGUUUUAUCAAAAGAAUUUUAUGUGUAUACGUUUCUGUUGUACACGUAUGUAAUAUGGAAGUUAGGAAAUUUCAGGGUUGAGCAUUGGUGUGUGAUGUAUUAAAGUAAGAGUAAGUGUAUAUUGAGAAAUGCCUUAAAUAUGGCUACUUUACCAGAGAACAAAUUGUGAAUAUGUAUAAUUUUUUUAGUGUAUAGUAUAAAUUGCUUGAUAGAAGCUAAUAGCCAAAGUUUUUGAAAGAUGUUAAUUUUUCCUAGCAAACAAUCUUUGAGAGAUUUGUUACGGUGCAAUAUUAUGGUAUGUAAUAGCUAUUGAGAUCACAGAUGCUUAUUCUUUACUUUUAGAAAUGUCAAGGGCUAUCCACUGCAGAUUUCAGUUUGUCAUCAUGUAGUCUUAAUUUUGUGUGCACGGCUCUUUUACAAUUUUUAAGAAAGAAAUGUCUGUAUUCUGUACUAAAUGAUUUAAUUUCAAGAUUAUUUUUUUAACAAUCACAAUUUUUGUACACAUAUGUUUUUUUUACUAAAAAUAGAUGCCCGUUACUCAAUACCGACUGUGCGUAUGCACAAAAAUGUGUACAAAAACGGCCAGUGUGUAACUCUGUUUGUGUAGUGUGAGCAGUGUUUGAGAAAUCUCUCGUCACUGGCAAAACCGGCAGAGAACGAUGUGCUGCGAACAGUCAGAUUGUACUAGCUAAUGGUAGCUGCCUGCUAAGUGGGCGUGAUAGCCUCACUCUACGAGGUAUCGUUACAGAUUGUUCACGGUGUAUUUGAGAGUUGUGAAUAGUUUUUUCUAUAGGCAGCAGUUUUUUAUUUUGUACGAUUGUAAUUUUUGAUCCAGUGCCCGAGUGAUUUAAUAUUUGACCAGUAGCUGGAUAAUUACUGCUGCAGAAGAUUUCACUUAUUCCUACUGACCGUGUCAUUUGGUUCUCAGUGCAAUUAACAGUGAAAUAUUGUAGGGCUCUUUUAAAUUGAAGUAAAAACCCUUACUUCCAUUUGGUUUUUUAAAAUUUUACUGAAUGGCACCAGUUGAAAUUUUAAAUACUGGCCAAAUGUGUAUCUGAUUCAAUAAUCUUGGAAGUAAAUCAUUUGUGUUAACAGUUUUUCAAAUGCUCGCACCUUCCACAGAAUGGUGUACGACACGUGUUUCGUGAAAUGUCAGUUGUGGAGAAACUGUGAAGACUUAUGCAAUGAUGACACCAUAGUUACCCAGUUCUUUGACAGUUAUAUUGUGAGUUCUUAUAUUUGUCUUGUCUUUUUUUGUAAAUAUGAAACUUUUGUAUGAUAAUUUUCAUCAUGUAAGCAUAUGCAAGUGAUUUUAUUGAAGUGUCCACAUUUUUGUUUAGUGUGAAAAUUGUUGGAAUGAUGAAUAUAUGAUUGAAAUGAGUAAUUUGGUGUUCGUAUUGUUAUACUCCUUUUGCCAAAGUAUUUCAUUUGGUGCUAUAAGUGGGCUGGGUGUCACAUUUAUUGAUCUCUGAAGUGGAGUACUCCCACAGAAAGUACUGAAAAUUGAGCUUCUAGUAGUGUAACAUUUUGACAUAUCUAUAGCACUUGGCAUGUUAUUAGUGAUGUAUGGUUAUUGUACUGAAUGGCAUGUUAUUGAUGGCUACAGUAUAUACCCACUGCAUGCCUGAAGCAAUAUUAAUUUUAAUUCAGAAUAGAGAAACUUGGUCAGACAAUAAACUUUUUACUAAUUAA